AGCGGGGCCUCCAGCAUUCCCGACUCCCACCCCGGCGCACAAGUGCACCACCCCGUUCCGACGGUUGGAGCUGAAUUGGGGUUAGAUUUUUAUCUCAAACACUCCAACAUCACAGCUCCUCUGGGCUUUGUUUGGGCGCGUGCAGGGGCGGGGCUGUGCGGGGAAAUUACCGCCCGGAUGUCCAACUAAAGUGGAUUUUGGACCAAAGUUUCUCUCAGUCCAGUGUGGCUUUGUUCAGUAAGAGGCGCUGCUCCAGGCUGAUGAGAGACGAGCUGAGGUCUGCUUUUCAGUCUGAUCUGAGAGUCGGAUAGUGACACAGGAAAGCGGAGCAGGAUGAACGGAACCAACCAAACCGACCCGGCAUGCACACAGGAGCCGCUUCCGGCUAUCCACAUCAUCUCAAAACUCGACAUUUUCGGAGUCAUCCUUUACUCCACACUCACCUUCAUGGCCUCGGUGUCCAUGCUGCUCUUCAUCGAGGAGUGUGUUUACAUCUACAGGAAAGUUUCCUCCAACAAGAAGAGCGCCAUCAUCUGGGUGAACGGAGCCGCACCGGUUAUCGGUGCGAUGUCCUGUUUGGGAAUGUGGAUCCCAAAAGCCACGAUGUUCACGGACAUGUUCUCAACCACGUAUUUUGCCAUUGUGGUGUUUAAGUUUCUGAUCCUGAUGAUCGAGGAGUGCGGAGGUGAUGAGUUUUUUCUGAAGCAUUCGGCUAACGAGACGUUCAAGAUCAGCACCGGCCCGUGCUGCUGCUGCUGCCCCUGUCUGCCCCGAGUCCCCAUCACACGCCGCUCUCUGUUCAUGCUGAAACUGGGCUCCUUCCAGUUCGCUCUGCUUAAGAUGGUGUUUACGAUCUUGUCCAUCGUCUUGUGGACGAACGGGAACUUCGACGUCACUGAUGUGAAGAUCAGCAGUCCUGCGCUCUGGAUAAACACCAGCGUGGGCGUCCUCACCAUCAUCGCCCUGUGGCCCGUCGGCAUCAUGUUCAUGCACGUGCGCGACACUUUACGCAGCCUGAAGAUCGUUCCGAAAUACGCCAUGUAUCAGCUGGUGCUGGUGUUCAGUCAGCUGCAGACGGCCAUCAUUAACAUUCUGGCCAUGAACGGGACGAUCGGCUGCUCUCCGCCGUACUCCUCUCAGAGCCGCGGCUACUUGAUGAGUCAGCAGCUUCUGAUCAUGGAGAUGUUCAUCAUCACACUCGUGACUCGGUUGCUGUACCGGCGUCACUAUGAUCCCAUACCUUACAGCGACGGUGAAGAGAAGAAGAAUAUUGUUCUCGCCAGCAGCAACAAAACCAUUGUGUGAAAAAUAAAGAGUAAAAUGCUUUUUUUGGCACGACGUCGCAGUCACACCACAGACCUAUAAGUGUAUAUUUUUGUAUUUAUAAACAAAUGGCUCUUUUCUGACAAAUAAGGUACAGUAUUUUUUUUAUCAACAGCAUGCAUGUGAUCCAGAAUUUUUGUAGGUCUGUCCAAGUCUUUGUGCAGAAAAAGAACAAUGUUUUACAUAUUCUUCUUCUUCUUCUUUUUCACUUGUAGCCCUUUUUCACUAGAAAAGCAGAAUAAAUCCAUGAGGAAUGUG